AUGCACGAAGAGCCCAUCGACCGCUCCCGCGACCUCUGGAUCGAGAGAAAACGCAGAUACGAGCAAGAAGAGGCUGCCCGUAGAGAAGAUUUGAUUGACACCCGCUAUCGCUCCGCUCAAGACGGUCCCAGCCGAUACAGUCCACCCCCUCAGCCCCUACAAGAUCCACGCUACGGACAAUCGCUACCUUCCAACGGUCAGCUUUCCUCCAACGCCCGUCCUGCUGCGAGCCCUCAACUACAACUCCCUCUCAAGCCUUCCGCUGCCGAAGAAGACGCUGCCGCCAUGCGCGGAGAUCCAGCAACCACCGCUCUCAAGCGCAGGCGGAUCGCCGAUGGUCUCGACCGCGACGACCGACGACGCGACGAAUCAGGCAACGGCGGCCGUUCACCUCCUUUUCGAAGAGGUGACGGUCCGCCGCAGCGCUUCCUGGACGAGAGCCACGCCUACGCCGACGACCUCCGUUCUCCUCACAACGCUCCUUACCAAAACAGACCCAACGGACGUCUCUCACCCCUAGACAGACCAGCACACAGUCCAGCUUCGGCAGGCGGUCCAUUGCCGCCCAUGCAGGAAUCCCAUCGACCCUCCGUGCUUUCCGCGUCCAGCUACGACGAUGGCCAUGACCAUGGUCCCUCCAUGCCCGGUCUCGCUCGCAGGAGAGGCGAUGCUGCUCAAGCAAAAGCCAGUCGCCUACACAUCAACACAGGCUCUGAAUCCACUUUUGAAGCAGCCGCCCUCGUCAAGUCUUCUUCCGGUAUUGCUAAGAGCGCACCGCCGCAGAAGCUCUCCUUUGGCUUUGACAGUCGAGACCACCCGAUGCCUCAGGAUCAAGCUCCCCGCGAAUCUGUCCUCCGACCCAACAAUCACUCCAUGCAAGUCUCUCAGCCUCUCGGACACCCUCGCAACGAGCAGCAGCGUCUUGUCUCUGGCUCGCGGCCACAUGAAUCUUCCGAACCGUUCCGUCGUGACGAGCGAGAAGACGUACUCGGUCUUCGUGAAGGCCGCAUGCCUGACAUGCCUCAUACUGCCAACCCCCUCGCUCGACAAGGACCAUCCACACGCUUGCCUGGCGGUCACAUUCCUCAGACAGCCACUCUUCCUUCUCCAGCAUAUCACACCACCCAGUUUGCUCGUGGCCACCCUGCAGGACGUCAGGCCUACAACCCUCCUCUCACAGCGCGCUUGCCUGACCACCUUCGUUCCCCGCCCUCAUCCAAAGCCCACUUCCUCUCACUCUUUUCCGACUUCUACGACUCUCUCUAUGACAGCAGGACACUUAAAGCUACGCUCGAGGACCAAAUUAAGCGUUCCAACACUUUGCUACAGACUCUGCAGUCCAGUCGUCGCGUACUUGAAGAGACAGUAGAGCGUCGCGUACGUGAGGAGCGUGUCUUGUGGGAAGGCCGUGUGCGAGGCUUGGAAGCACGUGUUCGCGAGCUGGAAGCUAAGACGGGCACUGCUGACUAUGACGAUGGUCUGCCUCAGUCUCGCAAUGCUGCUGCUGGAGCUGGUGAAGGUGCAACAUCCAAGCAGCCCGCUCAUACUUUCAAGUCGGCAAUGAACGCGGACGGAAAAGACGACAGCAGUGCCGACUCGCGUGAGCAUUCACGUUCCGCCUCCUCGGCUCAAGGGGAGAGUAAGAAGCAGCAGCAGCAGCUUUCUUCGUCCAAGGAUGAUGAAGAGGGUGACCAGUUGCAAGACGAUUAG